UUCCUGAUGUAUGAUUAUGGUUCAUAAUCAUGAAAGGUUCUCUCGAUUUGCUCCAGCUAAGAUAACACGAGCCUUGAGGAAUACACUUUAUUGUUGAUAAUGGAAGAAACGGAAAUAUGCAAAAUAUGCAAUAUCAGUCCCUUCAAAUAUUGUUGCCCGCGGUGUAAUAUAUUAUACUGUUCAUUGGUUUGUUACAAAGCCGAGAGCCAUACACAAUGUUCCGAGAGCUUCUACAGAGAAAACGUAAUACAGGAAAUGGCUCUCACCCGAGGAGACCACCAAGCUGAGCAGUCGACCAGGCAAAUGGUCGAUAUUCUUAAACGUUUGGAUCAAACCGAAAGGGAACACGAGGCUUCGGGUGAAUCACCUGUUGACGACAACGACGACGAUGAAAUUGAUUCCGAUGAUGGUGAGGUUGAACCCGAAUUAAUCGAUAGAAUGGAAGGAGUGAAUCUGAACGACGCUGAUGCGAUCUGGAACCGUUUGACCGAAGAAGAGCGUAAUGAGUUUCGUAGCAUGCUUGAAAGCGGAGAUGUGAGCCAAAUCAUGCCCAUGCUGGAACCUUGGUGGUUAGUAGACUACAAGGUCGAGCUAGUUCAGUCGAUCAGCACGCAUACUCUGAGUAAAGGAGAACAAGAACUUAUACAAAGGUGUCCACCGAUCAAAAAGGGCAUCAAGCGAUUCAGCACGAUUUCAAGCAAGACUCCAUCGCCUUCGACAAAAUGCAACAUGGUCAAUGUGCUGGGGGCGUAUGUUUUUACAUUUCGAUAUUUCAACGGAGAUUUCGAGGGAAGUUUUCAGGAGGCAGCAAAUUGUCUGAUCUCGAUCUGUGGAUACCUCAAGCAGAGCACGGUGUAUGACUCAGAGCUAGUGGCGAUCGAAUCUGUGUGCCAAGAAUGUCUCCUGGAAAAAUUACCAGCUGGUAAAGAAAGUAACUUCCUAGUUAGGCAUGAUGUAACGAGAUUACAGAAUGGACCAGCUGAUUGUGGAGUCAAGUAUAGAAAAUAUUUCCUACAAGCGGCCCUCUCUGACAGUCAUCGAUUAAUAAACGGUGCAAGAGAUGAAUGUACGCAGUCGCCAUCAACGAAACCAACAAAGGGAACGUUUAGCAGUAAAUACAGAGAUGAAUACAACGGGGAGUUAAAAUAUUUAGACCCAACCAAGCUUAGAAUCUAUUUGAAAAAGAUUGAAUUUAUGCUCUCGUUUGUUAGAGACAAAUUGUAGAAUGUUUGUUUCUGAUUGAAGGUACCAUUUGUGAUGAAUCACAGCCCAAAGACUUCUUUAGUUUGUGGGAUUCGAGUCGCAAGUGAGGAAAAAUAUUUUAUUUCAAUUACAAUUCUUUAUUCUCUUGUUCUAGCGUCGACUGAUGGAAGUUAACUGAAACUUCUCAGUCUGAAAAACUAACUGCCUAAAAUAUACGAUGGUAUGUGUGUGCGUGUAUACUUGGUGCGAGGGGCUAAUCAAUUCGAGCGUUUCUUCACAAGUUAAUACCCCACUCAUUCAUAUUAGACGCAACUAUGAAGUUAUCUUUGAUUAGCAUGCAUUAAAUCACAGGCCACAGACUGUUCAGUGAGAACAUUAGAAUAAAAUCUAACGAUAAA